GAUUGGUUCAAUAAUUAUUGUGUUUUGAUUGGUUCAUUCAUGUAAUUAAAUUUAUUAAAAUUUAAUUUUUAAAUUAAAUGAAAACUAACUAAUCAUUUACAUAAUUUGAUAAAAUGCAUAGAAAUAAAAAUUUUGAAAAAUCUAUAAAAUAUAAACAAUCCAAUAAAUGUCAUAAUUUAAAAAUUCGUCCUCCUGCUCCUUCUCUUGUUCCUCCUCCUGCACCUCCUCCUCCUCCUAUUCAUCAUCAUCAUCAUCCAUGUGGAUAUUGUUCAUUAAAAUAUGCAUUUAAUUUAUUUUGUAAUUGUACAAGUGUACGUGGUAUGUCAAAAUUAUGUCGUGGACCAAAAGUAUUACGUAUUAUGUGGUUAAUAUUUGUAUUAAGUAUGACAUUUUUAUUAUUAAGUUCAACUGCAUUAUUAAUUAAAGAUUUUUUAAAUUAUGAUGUAACAGUAAAUACACAAUUAAUUUUAGAUAAUAUAUCACCAUUUCCAUCAUUAACUGUAUGUCAUCAACCCCCCUUUUCAUAUAAAGCUUAUAAAUUAUGGAAUCAAUCUAAAAUUUUAUCACCAAGUCAAUAUAAUUUAUAUAUGAGAAAGCUGAUCUAUAACUCAUUAUAUAAAAAUGAUAUCUAUUUAGCUAGUUCAAUAUGGAGUUAUGAUAGUUUAAGUGUUUAUUAUCAAAAUAUCAAUUAUAAAGAUACUAUUCUAUUAGGACAUAAUAUAACUAUCUUUUUUAAUUGUAUGAGAAUCUAUUCACAUAUAUCUAUAUUUGAAGAUAAUUGUACAUUAUUAAAUGGUUAUCGUAUUAAACAAUUAUCCCAUCAUCAAUAUUUAAAUUGUUAUACAUUUGAACCAAUUAAUAUGAUUGCUGCGAAUGAAACAACUUUCCUUAGUCUUAUAGUUGGUUUAGGUCCAAAAGAUAAAGAUAUUCAUAUACAACAAGCAUUUCUACCAGAUAUAUUUGAACAAGCACGUGGUUUACGUGUUGUUAUACAUGAAAUUGGUACAAUGCCUGAUUUAGAAAAAAAUGGUAUACAUGUUGAACCAGGUAAAUUAAAUGAAAUUAAUUAUGAACCAAUUCGAUGGAAAAGAUUAAAUACACCAAAACGACCAUGUAUUACACCAAAUGAAUCACAUCAAUAUUUAGAUUUAAAUAUUAAAUAUAAUUAUACACAUACACAAUGUUUAUUAGUACAUCAACAAAUUGAAAUAAUGAAUAAUUGUCAUUGUAUCUAUGUAAUGCAUCCACGUUUAAUAAUACCAAGUAAUACAUUACCAUAUUGUGGUCAAUUAUGGCCAAAAUUAAAUCAAACUGAAUUUAUUGAAAAAAUUUUAUGUCUUAGUAAAUAUUUAAAUAAUACAAUUAAACAAAAAUAUGAUGGUCAUAUGUGUUUUCCACGUUGUGAAUUUUAUGAUUAUGAAAGUACUACAUCAGUUACUAAAUGGCGUGCAUAUCCAUGGCAACUAUAUUGGUUACGUGUACAAAAUCAAGCAACUCAAUCAUUAUUAAAUUAUUAUGAAAAAUAUCCUAAUCAUAAUUUAACUCAAACUUCAGCAUUUAAAUUAUGGGAAUAUUAUUUAAAUUAUCCAGAUUUAACACGUUUACCAAAUAAAACUGAAUUAUUACGUAAUCAUAGUAAUAAUACAUUAUCCGAUAUAUCUAAUUUGUUACCAAGUUGGCCACCAGAAAAUUUAGAUUUAGAUAGUGAAGAUUUUGCAUAUGUUAUAUUAAAACGUAAAUCACAAAGUACCAUUGAAAAAACUGAAAAAUUAGUAUUAAGUUUAUAUGUAUUAACAAGUCGUAUUGGUGGAUUAUGUUCAUUAACUAUUGGAUUAACUGCUGCAUUCUUUGUUGAAUUGCUUGAAUUUACUUAUUUAUUAUAUAAAAAUAUUAAUGAUAAUAAUAGUAAUAUUAAAUCUACCAUUAUUGUACAAACUGAAAAAUGUAUACAAUUAAAUGAAAUACAACAAACGGAACAAAAAAAUUCAUCUUUACAAUAUAAUACUACUACUAAUACUACUAGUAAUACAUCAGUAGAACAUUGAACAAGC